GUGUUUCUUUUGGACCACCCUGUUGUUGACAGAUCAGCAAGGUGUAAAUUAAAUCAAAACAUUCACAUUUAUUUACAAGAACCGCGAGCAACAUGAGUGAGAAAAAGAAAGCACUUUUUAUUUGCCUGGGAAACAUCUGCCGAUCACCUAUCGCCGAGGCGGUGUUCUUAAAAGCAAUCGACACGGCUGGCGUAGCAGAUCAGUGGGAAGUAGACAGUGCGGCCAUAGGAUCGUGGCACGUUGGACGAAGCCCUGACCAUCGGGCUCUGGCAACAAUGAAAAAGCACGAUCUACCGUACAGCAACAAAGCUAGGCAGAUUAAAAAGGCGGACUUUGAGCAUUACGAUUACAUUUUCGGAAUGGACGGGGAGAACAUUGCUGAUUUGAAGGAACGCGCGCCCAAGGGAGACAGCAAAGCGAAAAUACUACUGCUGGGUGAUUUCGAUCCGCAACAGCCUGGUGCUAUCAUACGCGAUCCGUACUAUGAUAGCGGCUCGGAAGGGUUCGAGCAGUGCUACGUGCAGUGUGUGCGUUGUUGUGAUGCUUUUUUGUCCAAGGCUCAAAAGGGUGAAAUAUGAAAUGUAAGUUGAUGAUUUAAUUUAGCAAAUUAAAGCAUUCAACAUUACUGCAAUGGGAAGUAAAACGCAUUGUGAUGACCCUUUCAAGAGAUGGCGAAUAAAAAUAACAGUACGAUAUGAGAAAGUAA